AUGGAGAAAACUUCAUCUGUGGGGAAGCUCGAGGCCCUCGCAGGUGAUCUUGCAUUUGUGAAAAUGGAGACUCCCAGCGUACCACUCUCCGCAAGCUUGAAGCACACCAACACAGGCAGUUCUAUCCUCUCCCUUCCUUCGGAGUUGCUCAGACAGGUAGCUCUGGAAGUCCGAUGGCAGAAUAUUCCCGUAUCUUUCGAUCCCAGCCGGGACGACUUUACGCUCUCAGCCUCGAAGACGCGGUUCAACGUGAACCGGUUCUCCCUCUGCUCGCUCCUACAAACAUGUCGCUAUAUCAGUCGGUGCUGCGAUAGGGUACUGUACGACGCCGUCGAGGCAUGUAUGAAGAACCCCGCUUGGGGGAAGCACGAGAUGUGUGGCGGCUCCUUGCCCUUGCUUUUGCGUACGCUAGAACAUAGGCCCGAUCUGGCAAGUGUAGUCAGAGCCGUCGCGUUCAACCUCGACGGCGCCGCUAACGAGUGGGAGGAGUCCUCUUCUGGGCGGAAAGCCGCUCGUAGGCUCCUUGAACUCUGCAGGAACGUGCACUCUAUCUACUGCGACACGCUCCCCCCUGGUUUCCUCCUAGAAGCGGACGUACAGGGGCUCAGAGCAGCAGCAACGACAUUCCGACCGGAGCUCUUCGGCCCGUGCGGAACAGCGUACUUCAGCCUGCUGGAGAACCUCGUAAUAGAAGACGUGUACUUCACUGGGGCCUCCUCGUUCUCUCGCCUAGCCCUGCCAAAGCUGAAGCACCUUUCCCUCCUCCGCUGCUUGCAACAAGGUGCUACGCUCCUCCCUUCCGCACUCAGCGUUCCAGCAGAAGAGCUAGAAGAACUCUUUAUUCACAAGUUGGACGACACCUCGGGGCACUACCUCGCGUUCCACCAUGCCCAGCUGUACGGUUCCAGACUGAGGAGCCUCACCCUCUGCGGCUGGGGGCUCAUGCACUCGAUCAACGAAGCGCACGCGGAACUGUGGAAUCUCCUGCCUGCCCUAAGCUUACUAGUCAUAAGCAGGGAUCACGUGCUGAAGCUCGUAGGCGUGUGGGUACACAUGCCCUCGCUGCAGACGCUCAUCCUUGCCGAUCUGGACUACGGCACCCCCCCGUUUGCCCGGACGUGGAGGCAGCUCCUGGAGCACGAGCUGACGAGAGCGAACGUUGCCCCCAUGCCGAGGAGUAUCUGUUUGUGGGAGAGGAAGCAAGGGAUGACGUUUGACAUUUCUCAGACUGGGAAUGAGAGCUUUGCGUGUGGGACACGAGAGAUACCUGUAAGCCGGGGGAGGGGUCGACAUCCGCGUUCGACGUAUGAGACUAGCACGGAGGUCGCUUUGGAUUUCACGUCCAACGAGGACGUUAUCGAUUUGGAUAUUCAAUAUCAGUCGAUGGCAUGGUGA